AUGGCGAAAGGGUCGGAUCUAGAGUUCAUAUUGGAUUUGAACAAGUGAGUUUUCGACUGUAAUAAAACCUUUUUUAGAUCACAUUGCAACGGGGAGAGUAAUGGAAACCAGGAAGAGAGAGACCUUAUUGACAUAGAGGAUCCCGUGAUUGUCCAACGGCGACUGACGAUAAGCAAAAUCCAAGAUCUGUGCAAUCUUCCAUAUUAUCCAUCACAACCGUAUGUCGCUUAAUUUAAUUGAAAUCAAACACUAAUUUAGGUCUUUUUUCCGACCGUACAGUUUUGGUUUAACCCACUCUGCUUCGGCUCCCACUAUUCCUCGAAGCACACCUAAUUUACGGCCAGUUAAUUUUUUUGGUAGGUGAUUUUUCUUUGUACUUUAAUUUUAGAAGUGAAAGAAAACUCGGAUAUGUUUUCUAAUUGUAACAACAAUGGAGUGACCGUGCCGUUCCGGAUGAAGGAGAAUUAUAAUAUAGAAAGUAUCAACGAACUCGACCCAUUGUACAUCCGCGAGCAGAGAGCAUUAUCCGAAAUUCCGUCAACAAGCCAAGGUGUUGUUGAAGACGUCGUUAAUGAAAACCAAAAUACAGAAGAACGUGGGAAGUCGGUUAGGACGGAAAAGAAGAGAAUAGAUAGAACAAAACGACCAGCAAGUCUGCACGAUUUAGAAUAUGUCAAGGAGCCGGUUCACGAGUUUUACAAAGAUGUAAGUUAUUAUUUAUAUCACACCGUUGUUAUUCCAUGGUUUGAAUAAUUACGUUUUUCUCCUUUCAGUGCUUAUCCUUGGAACAAUUUAUCAACAAUCUCCGUAUUAACACGACAUUCUCUUUUCUGGCUCCAGUCAAGGAUUAUUCCACAACGAUGGCCGAAUGCAUUAAACUUACUGUAUAUAUAAACAAGAAAUGCAAAUUCUCCGAUGAGAAGCUGGAAUUCACAUGUGAUUCGUCGUCAACAGUUCGAGAUAUCCUUACCGAAGUGUUGCUGAAGACAUUGCCUCAAGAUAUGAUGGAUCAAAACAAUGGGACGAUCCCUUUGUCCGAUUAUUCUUUGUGUGUUUAUGGAGUAGAGUUGGCAUUGGGAUUAGAUGAAGCGAUCGGAACAUUCGUUUUUGUCGGACUGGAGUUAUCUCAUGAUAGAGAUGUCAGGUUAGAGCUUGUACCACUCGAACAUGUCAAUUUAUCCGGUCCUAAAAGGUAAACACUGAUCCAUAAUUUUUUGUUAUGAUUUAGCUCGUCUUUUUCCUUUGUAACCAUCGACUCAAAGCCAAUAUAUUUUGACCAUUUUGAUUCUUUUGUCAAUACUUUCAAACGGAAUGUUGAGAUUUGUAAAAAUGCACCUACUGGUAAGUUUUUUCCCGCUUUUUUUACAGAUUUUAGAUAAAGUUGCUCGACAUAAUAUCCAUCAAUCUCUCAAAUUGAUCCAAACCUACACCAAUUUCUCGCAAUCUUCUUCCUUUAACGAUGCUCUCGAUCUGUUCCUAAAGUCCAAUUCUCCGGACGUAGUGCAAUAUUCUAUUAGUCGUCUAGUCAAUGAACUCAUUACAUUCUUCCAAGUUUACUGUAAAUGUGCACCAACAGACUUUUCUAUUACAGUAAGUUAUUUUCUGGGGUUUAAAAGUUUUUGCAGACGAAUGCAGAAGCCCGGGAUUUUCCAGUAAAAGAGGUCAUGAAGUGCAAUGACAUCCAUUUCGAGUUUAUAAUCGAUUCUCUCCAUAACAUUCCCUUGUCAUGGACUUCAAAAUAUCAUCAAUUCUUCAUUGAGGUAGAGGUUAUUCAUGGAGUUAAUGGUCUCGGAGUUCAGAAAACGACCGGUCGAGUUGCGGUCGAUAUCAGUGAUAAUACGAUUGUAUUCAGCGAUAUGGUAAGUUGGUCGUAAUUGGUUAUUUCUUUAGAUCCAUAUUGAGUGUCCUAUUUCCAAAUUUCCGAGAGAAGUUCAUGCUUCUUUUGUUGUGAUCGGCGAGCUGAAACCCGAACUCCAAACCAAUUCUGCAACGCCUUCUCAAGAUUAUUUGGCUUCCGGAUCAAUCCCUGUUUUUAACAGGAAUGGGUAAGCAUGUUUAUUUAUUAUUAAUUGUUCACUAUUUUCAGAUCGAUUGUCACUGGAACUGUGUUACUCGGGCUGAAUCGUUUGACGAAUAACAUUCUGCAGCCAUGGGGUCCUCAAAGUCUUAUCCGAUGCCCAGAAGAUGCAGUUUUGAGAGUGACCUUCUUGGAAUACGAAUAUGAUAUCAGAUUCCCCAAUACGAUCGUUUAUAACAAAUUGUAGGAAUUAUAAACGGCGGCCUUACUUUUUAUAUUUAUGGUACAGUAGCUUAUUAUAUGACAAUUGCAGCCAAUGGCAGGACUUCAACACAAUGAAUAAGGCUGAUCAAGAGUUUGCUCAUAAUACGGUAGAGAACAGCACCUUCCACAUGAUUAGCAAAGAUGAGAAGGAAUUCCUCUGGUCUAAAAGAUGUUAUUUGAGGGGACUCCCUCGAGCAUUACCUUUGAUUCUACACGCUUGUUUCUCAUGGGAUUCAAUAAGUGUUGGACACAUCUAUGCUCUCCUUGACGAUUGGACUGAUCUCCCUCCAGAAGUUGCGGUUGAACUCCUCUUACCGUAGUAAGAUUACUGUAGUAUCUAAUGAAUUAAUACUUUUAUGAGCAAUAUCUAUUAAAUUAAUACUUUUACUAAUUGAUCGUUUUAGUUUCCCUGACCAAAAAGUACGAUCUAAAGCCAUUGCGUGGAUUCGGAAAGCUUCUCCCGCUUUUAUUUUUGGAUUUACACCUCAAUUUGUGGAGGCUCUUCGGUUCGAAACCUACGAAGAUUCUGAAUUGGCCAAGUUUUUGUUGGAAAGAUGUGUUCUUGAUCGAACAUUCGCUUUCGAAUUCUAUUGGUAAGGAUGACAUCUGGAAUUUAUAUUUUCCUUUUUCAGGCAACUCCAACAGAGGAUUGAUACUGUAACAAAUUAUGGAUUCAAAGCCCGUUGUCAACUUCUUCAAGGGAAACUUUGCUCUCUGGGGAUUCCUGAGUUUGCUGAGGACAUAAAACAACAAAAUAUCUUCUUGAAAAUGAUCGAAAAACUUAACGAACAUAUAAAAGCUGUCCCAGAACCGUCUAUGGAAACUGUGUUGAAACAAGAAUUGAGAGUAAUUGAAGCUGAAAUGGAAAUUUCGAGGUUGAGGAUACCAUUGAAUCCGGCAUUUAGAUGCCUUUCAAUUAAUGUGGAGAACUGCGGAUACUUCAACUCGUUAACAAAGCCGCUACGACUUGUUUUCAAAGGAGAGACCAUCGAUUACAGUGUAAUCUUCAAAGCAGGUGAUGACCUGAGGCAAGAUUCGAUCGUCCUUCAACUGGUGGGGAUCAUGGAUGAUAUAUGGCAUCGGAAUGGAUUGGAUCUUCGUUUAAUCCUCUUCAGAUGUCUCCCCAUGGGGCCUCAGAAAGGCUUCAUUGAGUUGGUCCCCAGUUGCCGCACCUUAAGAGAGAUCCAGGUAUCUGCUGGGGCAACCGGUGUCUUCAAGGAUGACGUCAUCAACACCUGGCUUCAGACUCAUAACCCCUCUGAAUUCAAAUAUCGAUGCGCUUUGGAGAACUUUCGAAGAUCAUGCGCUGCUUGGUGUCUGGCGACAUAUCUUCUGGGUAUCGGAGAUCGACAUAAUGAUAACAUCUUGAUCACAACCAAUGGCCACGUAUUCCAUAUUGACUUUGGCAAAUAUAUGGGAGACUGGCAAAUGGCUGGGAGCAUUAAAAGGGAUCGCGUACCGUUCAUUCUGACUCCAGAAAUGGUUUAUGUGAUCAACCAAGGGAAGCUGGUGUCCACUCAGCACUUCCAGGACUUUAUCGACGAGUGUUGUCAAGCCUUCAAUUUGAUCAGGAAACAUUCUUCUUUACUCCUGAAUACUAUGAGAUUCGUAAGUUGUCUUUAUCAUUCGAGGAUCUUGUAGAUGUGCUGCUCUGACAUCCCUGGGCUGAACACUUCGGCGCAACAAUUUGUUGAGAACAACUUGUUCUUACACCUCAAUGAUGUCGAUGCUACCAUCACCUUUACUCGGAUGAUCCAAGACACUUUAACCAGUGUGUUUCCUCGCCUCAAUUUCUUUGCUCAUACUUUGGCCCAAUUAAAGCAGAAUCCGUCAUUUUCUGCGGCCUUUGGAGGAAUCACAGAUGUCAAUCAAAUGUCCUUUAUCUCAGGGACUUAUAGGUAGGCGAGUACUUUGUUUCUGACAUUAUUUACAGUAUGCAACAAGAAGGUCGUAUCUCGCGGAUUGUGAUCAGCUCGUACGAGAAAUGGAAGACUCCGGAAAAAGUUUACGUAUGUCUUUACGACUUAUACUUCCUUACUUAAAUAUCGAAUGAAUGAAGAGAUUAUGGUUUAGAUGUACAAAUGCCUGAUUAAACGAGAGAAUGUGGCUGUGCAGAAUGUAGUUUACCGAACCUACGACGAGUUUAAUGAGCUGCAACUCAAACUUCGUUGUAAAUUCUCUCGAAUUGGCUUUCCGUCACUUGGAAGAGGGAUCUUAAUGGGUCGGAGGAAUGUUCAUUCUGUCGCGGCCCAAAGGCAGAUCGAAAUCCAACAGUUUGUCCAGAUGUUAUUCGAUUUCCCGAAGGAAAUUUCGCAUGUAAAUAAGCCCCUUAUGAGUAAUUAUAUUUUAGUGUGAUCUUGUCUACACAUUCUUCCAUACGAUCUACCGUGACGAGACUCCAGAACAGCAUCGUCAACGGAACGAUGAUUCUGUCAGUUCUUCGCAUCCAGAAGUAUUCGUCAGGAUUUGUUUGGAUUCUUCGGAUAAAAAACUUCGGAUCUUUGUUGGACAUGCAAGAAAUAUCCCACCUGUAAACAAAUUAACGGAGCCUGAUACUUAUGUGAAGACAUAUUUGAGAAGAUCGUCCGAGAAAGGAGAAAAGAGGAAGACCGCCGUCGUUCAGAAGUCCACCAAUCCUACGUACAACUCCGAAUUAACUUACUCUUUACAUUCCCACGACCUCAACUAUGUAACCGAUUACGUUGUUGAUGUCUCUGUCUGGUUUAGCAGUUAUCUUUUGAAGGAUAACUUCAAGAUGUGUGACAUUUCCGUACCCCUGAAAAGCCUAAGCAGUGCAACAACAUUCGAGAAGUGGUAUCGUCUCAACGAAUGUUUCUGA